AUUUCAGAUGCGUGACAGGUGUCGGUGUGUGUGUGUGUGUGUGUGUGUGUGUGUGCAGUUUGGGACUGUAGAGGCACGAGCUUACAUAAGUGGUUAGGCAAGCUGGCGUGCGGACUUGUGUGGGAUGGGUGCAGGUCUGCAUAUAAAUCAUGUUUCUGGGUUUCUGGGUGUGAAGCGCUCACUGACUGGGUCCAGCGAGCAGAGGGUACGUGCUCUUAGGUACUUCCAGUCUUCUGAUUUUGUGAUCGCAGUGUGAGUGAAGAUAUCCAGGAUGGCUCAGGGAUCUGGGGAUCAAAGAGCAGUGGGGAUCGCUGACCCAGAGGAGAGUUCUCCAAAUAUGAUAGUCUACCGAAAAAUUGAAGACAUAAUUACAAAGAUGCAAGAUGACAAGACAGGUGGUGUGCCCAUCAGAACAGUCAAGAGCUUUCUCUCCAAAAUUCCCAGUGUUGUCACAGGUACUGACAUCGUGCAGUGGCUUAUGAAGAACCUUUGCAUCGAGGACCCAGUUGAAGCAAUACACUUGGGAAGCCUUAUAGCCGCCCAGGGCUACAUCUUUCCGAUCUCGGACCACGUUCUCACCAUGAAGGAUGAUGGCACCUUUUACCGUUUCCAGGCCCCGUACUUUUGGCCUUCGAACUGCUGGGAGCCUGAAAACACCGACUAUGCCAUCUAUCUCUGCAAGAGGACAAUGCAGAAUAAAGCAAGGCUGGAAUUGGCAGAUUAUGAAGCAGAAAACUUAGCAAGACUCCAGAGGGCCUUUGCAAGGAAGUGGGAAUUCAUCUUUAUGCAAGCAGAAGCACAAGUGAAGAUAGAUCGGAAAAAGGACAAGACAGAAAGGAAAAUUUUGGAUAGUCAAGAACGGGCCUUUUGGGAUGUGCACAGGCCAGUGCCAGGGUGUGUGAACACAACAGAAAUGGAUAUCAGAAAAUGCCGGCGUCUGAAGAACCCACAAAAGGUUAAAAAGUCAGUGUAUGGCGUGACUGAAGAGUCCCGGUCGCAAAGCCCUGUGCACAUACCCAGUCAGCCAAUCAGGAGAACUACAAAAGAGGACAUCCGGAAACAGAUAACAUUUUUGAAUGCACAGAUUGACAGACAUUGUUUAAAAAUGUCCAAAGUGGCUGAAAGCUUAAUUGCUUACACGGAACAGUAUGUGGAAUAUGAUCCUUUGGUCACGCCGGCUGAGCCCUCCAAUCCCUGGAUCAGUGACGAUAUCACUUUAUGGGACAUAGAGAUGAGCAAAGAACCCAGCCAGCAGCGAGUCAAGAGAUGGGGCUUCUCUUUCGACGAGGUAUUGAAGGACCAGGUGGGGCGGGACCAGUUCCGGAGAUUCCUGGAGUCCGAGUUCAGCUCAGAAAACCUCAGGUUCUGGUUGGCUGUCCAAGACCUCAAGAAACAACCCCUCCAGGAUGUGGCCAAGAGGGUAGAAGAAAUCUGGCAAGAGUUUCUGGCUCCAGGCGCCCCAAGUGCAAUCAACCUGGACUCUCACAGCUAUGAGAUAACCAGUCAAAACGUCAAAGAUGGAGGGAGAUACACAUUCGAAGAUGCCCAGGAACACAUCUACAAGUUGAUGAAGAGUGACAGCUAUGCCCGCUUCCUCCGGUCAAACGCUUACCAGGACCUCCUGCUGGCCAAGAAGAAGAAAGUGAGCAAGGUCGUAGAACUUCCUUAGAAAAGUUCACUCGCAGUGUGUGCUGCUGGCGCAGAGUCAGAAUGGCCGCUGCCUUUCACCCCCGAGGUGGCUUCCUUCCAGCAGUGGGGAAAGUCGCUGGCGGGCAAGCGCCUCACCGGCCUGAUGCAGUCCUCCUGACGGUUCCCACCGCAGGGCCCGGGCCCGACGACCCCACGGGCAGGCGGCGGCGCUCCACCUCCGCGGACAGAGUCUCCCUACGGGGAGACCUGGUCACUGUGAAAGAGAAGGAGUGAGGGCGAGGACGGGCGGCAGAGGGGAGCCCCGGUGGGUGACCGGGGACACGAGAGAGAGCAAGUCCACAGAGCCCGGGGUCGGCCCUGUUUACAACCCUCUCUUCCUUGUACAGUUGUGCGCCGACACCCCGUUCCCGAGGAGGUCGGGCCCUAACUCGUUCGGAGCACACCACCUCGUGGGGCUCCUCUCGUGACUACCACUUGAGAUUCUAAUCUUGUUCCCGCCACUCUCCCCUCUGGGGGAUCACGCCUUCUGGCA